AUGCGGGAUCACAUGGUGACUCAUGGCCGGAAAGCGAGCGAGCACAAAGCGACCCCGCUAUGGCAGGCAUGCUUACUCCAAACGUACUUUACUGCACCGAGGUAUGUUGAUUACUUUGUGGUUGUUGCAAAUCCUGGGCCCCAUGGUGGAAAUGGCGAUGUGAUCCCUUUAACCCGGUCGGAGAAGGAUUCCAUUGAUCAGAUUGAGCAAGAUGCGUUGAAUGUCAAAAAGGAUCUCUUCAAGGCAGCUGGCGUCGUUCGGGACAUUAAGGAAUCUCGCUCCGAGAGGGUACCGUGGUUGCACGACGUCACCAAGUUCCCUUUUCACUUAGUUCAUUUAAAAGACGAGGAGAUUUGGGCUUCGUAUAAGCUCCCAUCGAAGAAGGAAUUGGAUGGAGAUUACCUUGAAGCGGAUGAUCCUCAACUUGUUCGCAUCCUCCAUGCCGCCGAAGCUAUGAUGCGAGAUGCCUAUCAAUUGUGCUCUGAUACAUCCCCCGAUCGUAAGAUGACUCAGCAGCGAGCUAACAUCCUCAAUGAAUUUUAUUCCGGAGCGAGUGGCAAGGCGGAUGGGUUCCGAUAUCACAAGAAUGCUUCGACGUUGGUCAAAUACUUCCUGAUCGGGAAACAACUCUUGGUAUAUUAUUAUCGAGUGGUGUAUUCGGAGGAUGGCUUUUUCACCGCCACGGAAUCGGAUCAAUCAUUACCACGUGAUAUUAUCGAACCGACCUCAACCCAAAUUCGUGCGAUGGAUGCUAUCAUGGAAGCCUUGAAUAUGGAAGAUCCCGAAGAAUCUGAAUUAGCUUUGAAGCAUGCUAUUCGACGAUUAUAUCUAGCCUUGAUUUGUCACUCGAUUGGAAGUGCACCGUUUAAAUCACCGGUCUUGAGUUUUUGUGCUAUGAAGAGUCGCAUGAUUUAUGGGCGGGGAUUGUGGGAAGAGCCAGGAAAUUUUAAUAGUUACCUGUCGGCUCUCACGUGGACGGCGCAACUGAUCCUCUUUGGUUUUGUCUGUUUUCAAGAGCAAGAGGACGAAGAUCAAAUUCCCAUUCUCCUCACCACGCUCUGCAAGAAGUUCUUUCAACAAUUAGCCGAGACCCCCUUCGGUUACAUUCUUCAGUGGCGUUUAUAUUUAUUCAAGGUGAGUAAGGCUUCCAUUGCUAAACACCAAGCUCGAUGGUCUUUGGAUCGACAGAUUGUGGGGUAUCGCGGGGUAGAAAUAUCCAUGGAACAGAUUUCGAACGUGGUGCUUUCGGAAUUUCAACAAGCUCACUCUCUCCUGUACGAUGAAUUGUUAUUUGGCAUGCAAGAUUUAAUUUCGAUGGUUUCGUGGCGGAUGAAGGAUGAUCUGGAUUCCGAGGAUUUUGGGGAUUCUUGGCUCUCCCACUCACACAAUUCGGAAUUUUUAGAAGGGGCAGAUCUGAGGCUUUUUCGAUACAUCAAGACGAACACUAAAUUGCACACCACUUUCUUCAAGGUUGAUCAAGAGGGAGGGUUAAUCUUGUGUUCGAAAGCUAUGAAGAUAUAUGAAGUGCAAGCUCAGGAAUUCUUAAAGCGACUCUUGAUCCUCUGUCACAUUGCUCCUGGUCCACCUCUGCGAGAGCCCGAAUUGCUUUCUAUCACGUGGCGGAAUAUGGAACGACAGCGACAUAUUUAUAUUUGGGAAAAGUUGGUGAUGAUCUAUACCCAAUAUCACAAAGGACAACAACAAUCUGGUGCAUACAAGAAUAAUAUUCGAUUUCUCCCGAAAGCUAUUGGGAAUUUAUUACUUACUUAUAUUGCAUAUGUUAUUCCCCUUCGACAAAUCUUUCUUCGACAAGAAAAUCCGACCGCUUUGAUAUCCCCGUACCUCUGGUCCAAUCUUCAAGGGACUGUGUGGGUAGAUGGAGUUAUUUCGACUUGCUUACGGAAAGCAUGUAAACGUGCUCAGGUUUCGAUACUACACACUUCCAAUUGGCGACAAUUUGCUGCUUCCAUCACGAAAGAGAAGUUUACUACGAGAGAACAAGCCAACUUUGAUCUGGACCAUACUCCUGGUGAAUUUGUUGAAGAUGAAUCCGAUUUGAGGGCGUUGGCCGAAUUUAGCAAUCACAGCUUUCAAACCUUCAAUGUAGCUUACGCUGGAACGACCAAUCUCACCAUGAAUACUAUGUUGCAUCGAGGCUUUCGGGCUUCGGCUAGUUGGCAUUCCUUCUUUCGAUUCGAUUUCGUUCUGCAAGGGAAGCGAGCCUCGAGUCCAUCGGAUGCUCUAGUGUUGCGAGCCGCGAAACGAAGUCGAUUUCGUCAGAGGCAAGGGUACUCGGAAGAGGAUUUACUUCAAGUGGCUCAAAGAUUAUUCCCUUCUGUCACUUUUCAAUUUCGUCAACCUGGUCAACGUCGUGGGGUGUUGACUACUUUUGGAACUACCUUUCACGAACAAGUCAUCUUGAUCUUGGGAACCGGCUCCGGCAAGACCUUAAUUCCUAUGCUCAGCGCUAGCCUUGCGGACGCUAGCACCACCAUCAUGAUCAUUCCUAUGGUGGCCUUGCGGAUUGACAUGAUCAAACGUUUUAAUGCAGUUGGGAUUCCCUCGGUCGUGUGGUCGGUGGAGUGUCGGGAAACCCCUCCAUUGGUGAUCGUAUCGGCUGAAGCGGUUUGCAACGAUAGCUUUUUGGAAUACGCUCAAGGGCUAGUCUUUCGACAGAAAUUGGAUCGCAUCAUCAUGGAUGAGUGUCACCUUACCAUUACUACGAGUGAGUAUCGCUCUUGCAUGACGCAAGUUGGGUGGUUCAUUCGACAAAUUCGUACUCAAUCCAUUUGGCUAUCUGCCACCUUGCCUCCGGUGAUGGAAGAAUUAUUCAUCGAACAGAACAAAUUGGUUUGCCCUCAAAUCAUUCGAGAGUCGACCAAUCGAUCUAACCUUCAAUAUCUUGUUAGUUAUGGAGAUGGAGUUGAUUCUUUGAUGGAGAAAGCGAGAGAGAGUUAA